AGCCCAAGAAAAACCAAACCAAAAAUCCAUCUUUUCAGUCAACCGCACACACAAGCAAAACCACCACGGCCACGGGGAGACGGAUACCGAACAAGGCACACCGUACGGUUAACAGACAACUUAACUUUCUCCAAAAUAAGAUAAGAUAGGAUAAGACACUCUUUAACUAACUGAGUGGGAGUGGCAGGUUAAAUAAACGGCUAAAAUUGAGGGAAAGUCGAGGUGAAAGGAAAAAAGUUGAGAUUUCUUUUCUCUCCGAUUUGAGAGGAGGCAAAUUGAGACUACUUUUUGUGUGACUGAAAAAAAACUUUUAAAAUUUUUAAGAGCAAAAAACUCGGAACAGCGCCAAUUUUUAAAAAAGAAAGCGGAAUAAAUAAUAAGAAAAGUGUGAAAAUUGUAUGAUUCAAAAAUUAAAGGAAUCUAAAACGUGAGGCAAGUUGAGAUGUGUUGAACACUAAUGUGAUCUCAAAUAAGAGGCAGUUUGAGACUUUACAAAUAUUCAUCAGCAGAGUUCUAUCUACGGUAUCUUGUCUCGUCCAAAGUAUCGUCACAAUUCUUAAAAAAUGGUUGGCGUCGGAGCUACUGCAUUUUUCCCGUUUCCGUUACCGCCGUUGAUGACGGAAAGGCUGCUCAAUGAGAUGAUAACGGAAGCCCCAGGGGGAGAAAUGGUCCGAACGGGUGCCCCAAAUCUGAUCUGCACCGUCCUCCCGUCUCACUGGAGGUCCAACAAGACGCUUCCGAUCGCUUUCAAGGUUAUUUGUCUCAACGACGUCAUGGACGGGACCCUGGUCACCGUUCGGGCCGGAAACGAUGAAAAUUUCUGUGGUGAAUUACGCAAUGCGACGGCCAUCAUGAAAAAUCAGAUCGCAAAAUUCAACGAUCUCCGCUUCGUGGGAAGAUCUGGUCGUGGUAAGUGGAAAAGUUUUUCUCUCACGAUUACCGUCGGCUCAUCCCCAGCACAGGUGACGACGUACAACAAGGCGAUAAAAGUCACGGUGGAUGGACCAAGAGAGCCAAGAUCCAAAUCCCAUUGCUUUGUAGGUCAUGGUGGCCCAUUUCCGCCCUUCGGUUUCGGACCCAGACCACUCCUCCCGCCAAACUUCCAAAUUGACCCCAUGAGGCCGCACGACUCCUUCAAACUUCCUCUUGGUCUUUCCCCUCACGACUGGCCGCUUGCUCUACGUGCCGCCGCCGCCGCGAGUGGGGGUGGCCCCGGUGGAAACGGUGGUUAUCCAUCCUACCUCCAAUCACUGGCUGCACAUCACCACCACCACCAAAAUCAGAACCACACCCACAACCAUGACCCCAGCGGUGGUGGUGGGGGGAGUAGUGGACCCCCCUCUUCCUCCCUGACAUCACCCCUCCUCCCACCCUCGCCCCAGCAGCAACAAUCCCAAUCACACGACCCCCUCUUGUCCUCCGUGGCGCUGUUAAGCAGCGGAAGCCGGUCUGGAUCUGGUCACACCGUAACGACGCCAACUUCCAGUGGGAGCCAUAUUUUAGCGGCACUUUCAAACAAUAACAACAACAAUAAUAAUAACAACAAUGGGAUGAGUAAUAAAAGGUCGCCACCGCUGCUGAAAGUGAGUCCGGUACACCCACUUCAUAAGGGAAAUAAGGGAGGAGGGAGAGAGGAUGGGUCGAGGUCGCCAAGACUGACACCGGGACAAAUCGGGUUUCGUCCGACGGGUGUCUCCCUCUCCUCCUCGGACUCUCUCAUGUCAACCUUUGACCUGGCCAGCAAGCAGCAAUCCCAGCAACACCACCCUCUCGUAAACCUGCCCUGGCCUGGAUUCCCGUCCGGAGGGCCGGGUAACAUCCCCGUCUCCAUUUCCGGUGGGGGCCUACCCCUCCUCCCGCACCCACUUUUGUACUCCCACCUCUGCAACAAUGCCUGGAUGUCGUCCGAAAUUCAUAACGUCAUGACCAAACUGCAACUUCAACAUCAGCAGCAUCAACUCCAAUUGCAAGCCCAGCAACAAGGUCACACCCACGAUCAUGGUCAAGGUCAAGGUCAAGGUCGCGCCCUCAGCAGCAGUGGGGGCACGACGGCGAGCAGGUCACCGUCUCCGUCCUCGAUAUCGUCCGAGGUCAAGAUUUGUGUGGGAAGUCCGAAAUCAAGCAGUCUCAUUUUACCCGCUUCUCCCACUCCGACACACAGUUCGGGUAUCGCGAUUUCCGCAAUUUUAGGCACAAAGCAGCGAAAUCAGAGGAAUCAUUUGAUCAAUGAGUUGCGUAGGGGGAGGAGUAGGUCGAGAUCGAGGUCGAGGUCAAGGUCAAGGUCGAGGUCGAGAUCAAGGUCAAGAUCCAGGUCAAGAUCGUUAAGCAAAAGCCCGACAAUUUUCCCCGGGGUGAAAUUCGGUAUUGGCGGAUUUCCUCUGUUUUCCUCGAGAAAUCUGGGUAAAUCUGAUGUCAACGAUAACCAUGAUAGUUUUAGGUCGUUAUCUAAUAAUUCGAGUGCUAUCAACAGUCUUAGUCCACUAAUUAAUAAUAAUAAUAAUAAUAAUAAUUCCACUAAAAAGGGUAGUAGUAAAGGAAUCUCGUCAACUUCCGGUGGUGGUGGUGACCAAUCGAGCAAGUCGGAAGUGUGGAGACCGUAUUAAAAAAUUCUUAAAUUUCUGAACAUUUUUUACACGAGCUUUGAGCAAAAAUCAACCAAAAAUUAAAACUUUUAUACGUAACACGAUCGUUAAUUAUGAAAAUACUUACAUAAAUACGUGAUAUUUGACAAAUUGUGAACCCAGUUUCGUAUACAUUCGUCCUUUUAGGGUAGACAUGUAAGAUUUCGUUUAGUAAAUAUUUACCUUUUAAUUAUUGGUGUAAUGUAGCAAUUAAUUCCUAAAUAUAAUAAUUUGUAUCACUUAAAUGUCAAAUACGCAUUUAAAUCAUGUCACUAUUGAAUAAAAGUAUACAGAUUUGUAUGUGGCA